AUGGCUUCAAUGGACAAGGCACCCAGUGGUAAACUCAGCGCAGGCGCGACGACACGCAAAUACAAGGCAUACGACCUACCCUUGCCCUCGGCGACACGCGCCGCCAUUGAAUCGCUCGCACACGCGUUCAAAAAGGAGGGUGCGUACGACGACAUUCGCAAGCAUGUAUGGGACAAGUUCGAGGCGAGCGACUAUGAGGCGCAGGUCACCAAGGCCAUACUCGAAGUCGCCGAAAAGGAAGUCGAGCGAAAUCCGCAGCAACUCCUCACCCUCGAUCGACGCAAAGCGGCCGCCCUGAUCGACGGCGCUCUCGAGCGCUCUGGCGUCUACCACAAGGCCGAGGAGGUUCUCGGCAAGCUGAUUGACGUCGGCACCAUCGAGGAGCGCAUCCGCGAGAUUCGCCGCGCCGAGCUCGGUCCGGAAGCCGCCGAGGCGGAGAGACUACGCGGGGCCAAGACGGACGAAGACUACGCAGCCGAUACGGCGGCCCGACGCGCCGAGCGCGCCCGCAUCCGGGAGGAGCUACGACUAAAGGAGGAAGCGAUUGAGGAGGAAAAGCGCCGCAUCGCGAGGGAGGAGCGCAAGAAGGAAGAAAGAGAGCGGGAAAAGGCCGAGAUCAAACGACAGGACGAGCGUGACGAGCGCAGACGCAAACGCGAAGCGGACCGUGAAGAGCGGGAACGACUUCGAGAUUUGGAACGCGACAAACGCCAUAAAGAACGCGAGCGAAGAGACAAGGAGCGUGAAGUGGAACGCAAAGACGACAGAGGCGAUGACCGCGCUCGAAGCCGCGAUCGAAGCCGUGAUCGAAGCCGUGACCGAGACCGAGACCGUGAUAGGGAUAGGGAUCGAGACCGAGACAGGGACAAGGAUAGAGAUAGGGACAGAUCUCGCCGCCGUGAUACAGAGAGCCGGGUCAAGGAGAAAGAGCCCAAGGAGUUAUCCAAGGAAGAGCUCGAGCGCCUCGAGCAGGAAGCCCUGGAUGAUUUGAUCCGCGAGAGUCGCUCCACGCGCAGCCGGCCCGAAAUCGAGAUUGACUCGGCGCUGGCGCCGCCGCCUCGCAAAUCGGCGCCUGCCUCUGCCAUCGACCCCAUCCGACGCGAGUCUGGUCGUGGAUCCGUUAGAGGCGAUUCCAAGACACGCCGCGAUCGAGGGGAGUCGUCCGCGCCGCCGCGCGACGAGCGACGCGUCAGCCGCAGUGCCUCGCGCGCGCUUGACAAGGACGCCGAGAAAAGACGUGACCGCAGCAGAGAGCGAAGCCGCCGCGAUCGGCGGUCCAAAUCGCCCCGGCGAGACCACAGCCGCUCACGGACGCGACGAGAGAGAUCCCGCUCCCGACCCCGGCGUGACGAGCGCGAUCACAGCCGUUCGCGUGCCAGGGUUUCGGACAGGAGUCGUUCGCGCCGCAGAGACCGCAGCAGGUCGCGCGCUAGGACACCACCGCCACCGCGCCGCCGGGAGAGAAGCCGUUCACGGGAUCGACGAGAGGACCGCAGCAGCCGUCGGGACUCGCGCAGCCGCCGCGAGGACAGCCGCCCAAGACGAGACAGAGACCGCAGUCGUUCGCGGGAGCGGCCCGUGGCAGACCGCUACGACCACUACGACCCCAGGGCAGCCGCGGCUCGCUCGCCUGCGCGCCGCCGGAGCAAGAGCCGUGAGAGGGAUCGCGAUCGCAGAGAUGACCGCGAUCGUGAUAGGGGCCGUGACCGCGACCGCCGAACACGGUCCCGCUCCACGCACCUGCGCACCGCCUCGGCAACGCGCGAGGAACUUGAGGCGCUCAAGCUCGAAGAGGUCAAGAAGCGCGAAAAGGAGGCCAAGGCGUACCUCGCCGCUCAAAAGGAUGCGAGGGCCAAGGGGCUUCCUGUGCCGGGCGUCGACGACAGGCGGCGCGACGAACGUCGGUCGCGCAGUCGUAGCGCUGAGAGGGGCGCGUUCCGCGAUCGGGAUCGGGAUCGUGACAGGGAUAGGGAUAGGGAUAGGGAUAGGGACCGCGACAGAGAUGGCGAUCGCGAUCGAGAUAGAGACAGGGACCAUAGGGACAGAGACCGUGAUAGGGACAGGGACCGUGAUAGGGACCGUGAUAGGGACCGUGAUAGGGACCGUGAUAGGGACCGCCGUGACAGACGAGAGCGUAGCACGUCCCGUCGCCGUGACCGACGAGACCGCAGCCGAAGCAGGCGACCAAAGUAUACUAUCCAAGGUCUAGCUGCGGCUUAG